AUCUAUGCCAAUGAUCACGUGCACCUCGAGGAUUUCACGUGACAUAACAAAUUUGGUCGCGGGAGAGAGAGGAAAAGCAAAGGGCUGUUAUGAGCCUAGUUGACGGUGGUGGCGGUGCCACAGGGACCGGCAGGAUCGACCUGAGACAAGUCCUCAGAAGGCAACGUAAGGACUCGGACCCGACUCCAGGCGAUGCUCCUGACCUUGAAUUUGAGUAUGCCGACACGGACACCUACGCCCACGAGUUGUCCGAACUCUACUCUUACUCUGAAGCCCCCGAGUUUUACACCACUCGGGAGGUGUUUGAGACGUGCCUCGAGACGAGCUACGACACGUCUUGCUGGGCCGACUUGUCGCGAGAACAGCAACUCUCGUUCGUGAUGUCCCUCCUGGACCGUUUCGAAGUCGUGGAGCCGAAAGAGAGACUAGAAGCGGUAAAAUGCCUCUUGUAUCUCGCGCACGGGAAUUUCGCUCCCGACGUCAGGGAAGAGUCGCUAGAGCCAACGGCCAGGGCUAACAUCUUUAUGAUGUUGGAGCUAGGGGUGUAUUGCGCCACUAUUGAGCUCCUCGCAGUCGAAAUGGAACAAGGCAAGGGAGUGUACGAAGGAACGCGGGCCAACAUAACAAUCGCCGACAACUACAACCUUCGCAUGUGCCUCAGUCUACUCUACGUGAUAGUGGAGACGAUGCAACGCGGUUGCCCGAACGACCCACCCGACUGGCUCCGUCUCAGAAAGAGCUUUAUAGAAAGCCUCUCAGAACCAGUAGUUGGCGAGGAAACGCUUACAUCACUACUUUUUGUCAUGCUGCUCGCAUUCUGCAACGGGACGAUGCCCCAUUAUCCGAUCAAGCGGAUCCUCUUGCUCAUCUGGAAAACCAUUCUUGCCAUGAUGGGUGGGCUGGAGGACCUGCAGGAGAUUAAGAAGCAACGGAGAGAGGUCGUCGGUUUGCCAGCCGAGUUUCCCGAGGUGCGACCCUCGCGACCUCUGAUUCUCCCGACCCCUGCCUUCGACCCCCGGGGGCUGAUUGACGGGGCCGCCGCCCGAAUCAAUCGUGGUAUUUCGCAGGUGAGUGACACGGACAGUGUUGGAGACAUCAGUAUCAGCGGGGGGAAGGGGCUGGACUUUCGUCCAAAGGCACGGAGCAAGGACGUGGAGGCAUACGUCGAGUCUUGCCGUUCGAAAUACGGCUGCUUCGAGACGGGAGAGGGAGGGAACGAACUUGUUGGCCUUCCCGAGCCAAUCCAAGAGAGCAUUCGAGUUCUGCAACAGCACGUAUACGUCCCUCUCUCCGACAUUCAGAUUGCCGAGGAAGAAACGGCAAAGAAGGCACAAGCGUGCGCUCUUCCGACGGGGAAACCCGCGGCGGAGGACAAGACCGAGGACUGUGGGGUGACGAGCUUAACGAAGAGGGACAACCCCACGGAGAGUCUGUACAAGGUCCUUCUCCCAAACCUCCCGCAGUACAUGAUAGCACUGCUCAAAGUUCUACUCGCAGCGGCCCCGACUUCGCGUGCCCGCAACGAUUCCCUCAACAUUCUGGGCGACGUGCUCCCACCGGAAGCGCCCACCAACAUAGUGGAGACUACACAAGUCACGUUUGACGUCAACCGCCACAAGGAGAUCAUAGUCAAGGCUAUUUCGGCAACGCUUCUACUGCUCCUGAAGCACUUCAAAGUGAACCACAUCUACCAGUUUGAGUACAUGAGCCAGCACCUUGUGUUUGCCAACUGCAUCCCACUCGUCCUGAAGUUCUUCAAUCAGAACAUGAUGCAGUACAUCUCGGCGCGCAACAACUUCCCGUCGCUCAAUUUCCCGACGUGCGUCCUCCUACCGCAAGACGGGGAGGUCACGCUGGAGGUCUCCGAGAGUACCACGACCGACUCGGGGUUCUGCUGGCGCAAUCUCUUCUCCUGCAUCAACCUCGUCCGAAUACUGCAAAAGUUGACAAAGUGGAAGCAUUUUCGGACCGUCAUGCUGGUCGUGUUCCGCUCGGCGCCCAUUCUCAAGCGAGCGCUGAAAGUACGUCACCCCAUGAUGCAGCUGUACAUUCUGAAGCUGCUCAAAGUCCAGACAAAGUACCUCGGAAGAAACUGGCGUCGAUCGAACAUGAAGACCAUCUCGGCAAUCUACCGACGCGUACGACAUCAUCUCCACGACGACUGGGCGUACGGAAACGACCUGGACGCGAGACCGUGGGACUUUCAGCAGCAGGAAUUUGCCUUGAAAGCGAGCAUCGAGUACUUCAAUACGACUUACUAUUCCCCCGAUCCCCCGUCGCUAACCGAUCCGUUUGGCGGAAAACUCUCCCCCAUGAGUCAAAACUACCUCAGUGUCCUGGGCAAGCACGUUCCGCUGAGCAAGGCGUGGAAGGAGAAGUACGAAGAGUGGGUGGAAGUCGAAGUGUUUCAGAUGCCCAGAGACUGGGACAAGUUUCUGGAGUCGCCAACUCACUAUAUGGAAGCUAAACCAAUGGACCUAUGACUGCUUAAUGUGUUAUUUCUGUCAGUCUUGCGUCCAUUAAAGCCUAACCUCUUUCUGUUAUAUACACUUGAUGUUUGUGCUUCAUCGCAUACUUAUUAUAUAGAUUACUUUUUUCGAUG